AUGCCAUUGAAGGCUUAUGUUCUCCCAGAACAAGGAAAGCUUUUGGAAUUGAUGGAUCCAAGUCUUGGAUCAAACUACUCCCGAGAUGAGGCCCUGAGAAUGCUCAACCCAGCUCUCUUAUGCACCAAUCCAUCUCCCACCCUCAGACCCUCUACGUCAUCUGUGGUGGGCAUGCUUGAAGGAAAAACUCCAAUCCAAGCAACAAUAAUAAAGCAGACGGAUUCAAGCCGGGAAACGCUCAAAGCCUUUGAGAUGCCAUCAUGUGACAGCCAGACAACUAUAGUUUCUCAAGAAAGCAUGGAAACAAAAGGCAAGUCAAUGGGUGAUGGGCCAUGGAUUGAUUCCUCAACAUCUCUUUCAAGUAUCUAG